GACGGGCUGCUCGGUCGCACGUUCACCGACAUUCGACACACGUGAAGGCUCGCACACGCCUCAGUCAGCCUUGCAGCAGCAGGCGAAGCUCUUCUGAAGCUCCAGUGGGCUGAAAUUCACAGGCCCUGGUUUAUUUAUUUACUGCAGUGGACAGACAUCGUUUUUUUGAUCACCUUUGAUCGGCGAAGCUUCGCAGAACACUUCCCUGUUUAUUUUUUUUUAUCUUCAGUCAAUCUUUUUUUUAUUUUGUCCCCCCCCCCCCCAGAGCUACGGUGGACUGCAGCUGAACCCCGUCAGACAUGUGGCAGCUCCAUAACCCAACGCCUGAACCUGGAGCGGCUUCCUGAUCUCAUGCGUUUGUGGAGUGACACACCCUGAGCAGUAAUUGGUUUAAUUGGCCCACCAUGCUUGAGCACCUGCAGGGCAUCUGCGUCGGCCCUACCCCUUUCAGCACUCCGCCAAUCAGCAGCAACAUGGAUGAGCGAGCCAUAAGAAUCGCGUUAGAGCGUCGGGCCUGUCUGAGCUUCAGAAGAGUUCUUCAGCUGAAGCUGCAACAAAGAAGAACCAGAGAAGCACUGGUGAGCUGUAGGGUCAUGCCUCCACUUAAAAGUUCAGCUGCCUUGCACGAGCAGAGACGGGGCUUGGAACCAGCACAGGAGCUUGAUACUGAGAGUGAGUCAGAAGCAGGGUCAGCAUGUAGGGACAGCGGAGAGAGGUCGGCUGCUGAGGUAGGAGAGGAUUAUCACAAAAGGAUGAUCAGGAGCAGGUCAGAGAGUUCUGAGGCGAUCAGGAUGCACAUCAUGGAUGAGAAGGCUACAAAAUUUCGGCUUCAAGCCAUACAGUUUCAGCAGAAGAAUAUUUGCCUUGCUAAAGAUUUAAACAAUAAGAUCAUCCAGCGACCCGGGCCCAUGGAGCUGAUUCACAAAAACAUCCUACCUGUUGACUCCUGCUUCAGACAGGCCAUCAUAGAGAGACAGUUUCCAGAGGCCUCAGGGGGGAACUCAUCAUGCGACGAGGACAGUAAUGACAGUCUGUCUCCACGUCAGUCAGAAAGCCGGGAGCAUCCUGUGGGCAUUGAACCUGCGCGCUCUUCAGCAGAGAAAUUGGCUGGGAGCAACCUCCCAUCUCCAGUUAAGGUCCCUCCAUCAGCUCUUCCUGUUCAGCUUAACUCUGCUCCCCUGAACUCUGCGCAGAAGACUUGUGGAAACUCUCAAAUUAGGUACCAGCCUAGAUUAACUUCUGACCGCCUUACCCAGAAACACAAGAAAACCAAGGACAACAAACCAAAGAUAAAGAAGCUAAAGUACCAUCAGUACAUUCCUCCUGACAAGAAAAAAGAGAUGGAACCUGUUCCCGAUCUGGACUCAUCCUACGCCAAGAUCCUCCAGCAGCAGCAGCUCUUCCUUCAGCUUCAGAUUCUCAGUCAGCAGCAGCACAACUACCACACCCCCCAGUCUGCUCCACCCAACAGGGAUCAGGAUGAUCCUUCUUCCUUCCUGUCGUCCACUUCCUCUCCACCUGAACCUUCUUCUACUGCUUCAACAGUCCCCUCUGUGCAGCACAUCCACAUCUGUCCAACUUCUGCUCCUUUAGUUGGGACAAAAGUAUUAUCACUGCAUUCGGAUCUGGGUGAGAUGAAGGUCGCAGAACUAAAGUGUGAAUUGAAGCUGCGCAGAUUGCCCGUCUCUGGCACCAGGAAGGACCUCAUUGAGAGGCUGAGGAAAUACCAGGAACUAAGCCAAGACAGAGACGCUAACCCCUCUCCAACAGCAGGGGGCACCACAGAGCCGGAGCUAAAAACAGCGGGGACGUCUUCCAUAACGGGUGAAACAUCUCCUCAGCAGCUCUUGAGAUGCGAUGGGACCAUGAAACCCUUCCCCCAACCCGGCAUGCUGAAUGGCGCAAAUCCAGAAGAAAUCAGCUUUAACUCUGAGCCACCGAGAGAACUGGUCAGACACUUGGAUAAGUUGCUUAUAAGACAUUCAUUGUUCAAAUAAUUUCACUUGCUAGGAAUCAGGAUCAGUUGUUUCGGUCCA